AUGAACCUUAUGUUUGAACGGUAUGGGGGUCUCCCUCGUCUUGUUUGGGGGGAUACAGACGAUGAAUACUCUCACUUAAGCCGACUUCGAGAAAAAUUGAAAGAUGUUGAUGGAUUCCUGGCAGAGUUGGAAAUGGAAAACUAUCUGAAAGGUCCGCAUCAUUAUUUUUACAUGAAGCUCCAAGAAGAUUAUGCUGGCAACCCUUUAUUCAAUUUGGAUCGCAACCCACCAGAAGUAGUGCCAGCCCCAAGAUAUGUCAUAAGGAUGGUUGCAAAAAUGGUUGUGGCUAAGUUGCUUGAGCCAAGUCUCGAGGCAAAUUUUGGUAAACUCCAUAAAGCGGUUGAUGGGAUUCUUUUUGAAGAGGUAUGCCUCUACCUGAUGGAGCAUCAUCCAAACAAUAUUGAGUUGUUCCGGGUUCGAAAUCUCUCCAACAGGAAACGGCCCUUGCAAGGCCAUCUGAAAGGGGACAGGUUGCGACUGCAGGAUUUCAAAACAAGAAACGACGUAGAUUCUGCUGGCUUUUCGUACUUCGAGGAACGGAGUAGAGACACCUGA